AUGGCCGUAAACGGUCUAUAUGUAGUUCAAGGAGAAGUUAAUGCUGUGGUUGCAUUGCUGAAAAAAGCUCAUCGUCAUUGGCCUCAUCAUCAGCAGCAGGUUCACUUGGGGCAUUCCUUGGUGGAUGAAACAGAUCCAUUAUUAAGGAAUUUCUCUGAUUUACGAGACGUUUUCAAUUCGGUGAAUGAUUUGUCAGAUAUGAAUCCAGAUACUUAUCUUAGUCCAUUUCUGGAUGUUAUACGCUCGGAUCAGACGAAUGGACCUGUAACCGCGCAGGCUUUAUCAUCAGUUUCUAAAUUUCUCAGUUAUGGUUUAAUUGACAGUUCUAGUAUCAAAGCAUCAAAUGCAGUUGAAAAUAUCGCGGACGCCGUAACAAAUGCAAAAUUUAUCGGUAGUGCUGACAGUGGUAGAGAUGAAGUUGUUCUCUUAAGAAUUCUUCAGGUACUGCGCACUCUUUUGCUUACUCCAGUUGGACGGUUGUUGUCAAAUGAAAGCGUGUGUGAAAUGAUGCAAAGUUGUUUUCGAAUAAGUUUCGAACCUGCAUUAACCGAACUUUUGCGUGAGGUUGCUGAAGCUACGUUAUCAGAUAUGACACAGUUAUUGUUUACCAGGCUACCCUCAUUUCAGGAAGAUAUUCGUCAUCCUUAUAUUCGAAAGCUGGUAAAACGUGCUGGUCACAUCAUGGGGAAGAGGAGACGGCAAAAAAACUAUUCUAAUGAUUCGUCGAAUGAGAAGGGUGCAGGCAGUAAUCUAAAAAAGAAUUUUAUUGAAUCUCAAUCAAAACCCAAAGGAAAUAUGAGUAUGAUACUCAAAGAAACUAGUCAGGGAGCUGAUACAAGUGAACAGUUAUCAUCAAAUGCUGAGUUAUCAAAUAACAAGGAAACAAUGUUCUUGAAGAGAGACGAUAAGGAAACGCUGAAAUUUGAAAAUUUGCAGACAGUUGAUGAUGUUACCAUUCAUUUAAACUCCACAGACCAACAUGAAGUCCCUUUCGAUUGUUCUGUCAGCUCUGCUGUAGCUGACGAAGAGCAUGACAGAGAAUUCGAACGAAUGCGACAUGAUUUAGAUGAUGGUAUGAUGCCAGAUAAUGAUGAUAGUUCAGUCUCAUCUGUGGAAGAAAAUGUAGAAAAGGGUCGAAUAGUUCGCAAAAAAUUUAAGAGUUCUGGAGAAGUAGGAGAUAGCGUUUCUGAUCUUGAAAAGGAAAAUAGUUCCAUGAAAGGCAACGACGAGUUAAAACGUUCUCCCGAACCGUUGGUUUCAAAUCCAGCUAUUCACAUUCCUUAUGGUAUUCCAUGUAUUCGUGAACUGCUCAGGUUCUUGAUUGCACUUAUCAAUCCAACAGACCGUGCUAAUACAGAAUCGAUGAUUUUAAUGUCAUUAAAUUUGCUUACUGUCGCACUCGAAGCUGGAGCUGAUCAUAUCCGAAAGUUUUCUUUGCUUAUGCCAUUAGUCAAAGAUGAACUUUGUCGUGCACUCUUACAACUUUUGGAUAUUGAAAAAUUGCCAGUGUUUGCGGCAACAAAUCGUGUAUGCUUUAUGCUGUUUGAGGGUCUUCGACUAGAUCUAAAAUUCCAGUUCGAGGCGUAUUUUUUGAAGCUCAAAUCGAUUGUCACGAGUGAACAGACACGAAUAAGUUAUGAACAGAAAGAGAUGGCACUUGAAAGUAUUGUACAAUUAUGGAGAGUAGCGGGUGUUGUCACAGAACUGUAUUUCAAUUAUGAUUGUGAUUUAUAUUGUUCGAACCUUUUCGAAGAUUUAACAAAGCUUCUUCUUGAAAAUGCGUUCCCUGUUCUGGGCUUGCGUUCUAUCAAUUUACUUUCGCUUGAUGGCUUGCUCACGAUUGUUGAUACGAUCGAUAAUAAUUGUAUAUAUAGACAAGCAGGUGGAGCGCACUUUAAAACUUCUGCAUUACCUUCAUCACUGACUCAGUUACAUUUACCUGUUGUUAGUGGGUAUGUUUUUGGACGACAAAUAGCUCUAUAUGAAAAUGAUCGAAAUGUUGGAAAAACAGGAGUUUUUGAGACAUUUUCACCUUCUACAGCGUUACAUGCUAAUCGAAUGGCUUCUUCCUGUUUACUUCCAUCAAUGGCGGAAGUUAUCGAAAGAAAAAACAAAAAGCGUGUAAUGACUGAAGCUACUGAGCUUUUCAAUCAGGACCCAAGGAAAGGAAUUGAAUUUUUGAAAGAGAAAGCGAUUUUAAAAUCACCGUUGGAAGCUUGUGACGUUGUCAAUUGGUUAAAAGGGAAUCCGCGGCUUGACAAAAAAAGAAUCGCUGAAUAUAUUUGCAGUCGAAAGAACACAGCUGUACUUCAUGCAUUUGUGCGAUCGUUUCCGUUUAAAAAUAUCCGUUUGGAUGAUGCUCUGCGUAUGUUUCUGGAAACCUUCAGAUUACCAGGAGAAGCUGGUGAAAUUUCUAUGGUUAUGCAACAUUUCGCAGAACACUGGUACGUCUCUAAUGGUGAACCCUUUAACCAUGUUGAUGCAGCAUUUACUUUGGCCUAUGCAAUAAUAAUGUUGAAUACCGAUCAGCACAAUCCUCAGGUACGAAGAAAUCAGCAGCCAAUGCGAGCAGAAUGCUUCAUACGAAAUUUAUCCGGUACGAACGGUGGUCAAGAUUUCGAUUCUAAAAUGUUGGAUGAAAUAUAUAGAGCUAUAAGAGAUAAAGAAAUUGUUAUGCCUGCUGAACAAGUUGGAAUUGUAAAGGAAAAUUAUCUGUGGAAGGUUUUGUUGCGUCGUGGUGAGACAAAAGAAGGCGAAUUUAUUCACGUACCUGCUGGAUGGAAUGAUCAUGAUUUAUUCAGUAUUAUUUGGGGACCAGCUUCAGCAGCAUUAUCGUUUGUUUUUGACAAGAGCGGAAGAGAAUCCAUUUUGCAGAAAGUUUUAAGUGGGUAUCGCAAGUGUGCUUCCAUUGCCGCUCAUUAUGGAAUGAGCGAUGUCUUCGAUAAUUUGAUUAUUCAUUUGUGCAAAUUUUCAACCUUGAUGUCUACCAGUGAAAGUAAUUCGGAACAAAAUCUGCAAAUCCAACAACACCGUAGUGUGUAUGAAAACAGUCAAAAUGCAGAGCUUAUCGCAAUUUCUUUUGGUGAAAAUACAAAAGCACAGAUGGCGGCAAAAGCUAUGUUUCAGUUGGUUCAUGCUCAUGGAGAUAUUUUGCGAGAAGGCUGGAAAAACGUGUUAGAUUGUAUAUUGCGUUUAUUUUAUGCUAGAUUAUUGCCAUCUGUGAUUACGGAAGUGGAGGACUUUGUUGACAAGAAAGGAUGGGUCUCGAUACAGCGAGCACCACCACCAAAGUUCUCAACGAGUCGAAAUGAUUCUAGCUUGUUGAGUUGGCUUGGACUUGGUUCUAAUUAUGAUAAUAAGGAGUUCUCACCAAAUCCCGACCAGCUGCAGCUAAUUAAAGUUGCUCAAGGAGUUAUAGUGGAUUGUCAUCCAGAGCAGCUUAUUGUUGAUGGAAAAUACCUUACAUCAUCUGCGCUUGCGGAGCUAAUUAGUGCAAUAAUACAGGCGUCUACAAAUAUAGCUCAUAUUGAGGCCGAUAAAAUUGGGCCAACAUCAAAAAAACUAAAAGAACAAGAAGAAGAUGCACUCGUGCUUUAUUUAGAGAUGAUGAUCAGCAUAGCACUGGAAAAUAAAGAUCGGUUAUCGCAAAUAUGGUCACCAAUAAAACAACAUUUGCAGUGGCUUCUAAGUACUUUUGGUCGCAAUCCUUUAAUUAUGGAACGAGCUGUAGUUGGUUUACUUAGGAUUGCGAAUAGGAACUUGUUUCGAAUUAAAGAUGAUGUUACGGAUGAAGUGUUGCAGUCUUUAGGAAUUCUUUUAAAAUUACCGGCGCCAGCUAUGUUUAUGUUUUCUCGCCAAAUAACAUAUGGUUUACAUGAGUUAUUACGAACGAAUGCAGCUAAUGUACAUUUAAAAGAACACUGGGCAGUGUUAUUUGGAUUAAUGGAGGCUGCUGGUGCAGGUGCUUACCCAGAAGAUUUUCCUAUGCAUCAUCCUGUCAUGCAGCAGUCGUCAUCACCAUCAAAAUCUAAAGCCGUGGAUCGUGAAGCUUAUAGUGACACGGAACCAUGCCUGAGUCGUCUUCGAAUCGAUGAUGCGAAAGAGAGAGUUUCUCUUGAUAGAGGUUACACAUCAGAUGUUAUUAAAGGUUCAUUAUCUUCACUCUCAUCUUUUUCUGAACAUCACAUGGACAGUACAUUAUCGUUAACUAAAGAAGCGAGUACUGAAUGGAUUCAUAUUAAUCAUAAAGAUGCAGCAUUGUGCCAGCAACAAAUGAAACUUCUGAAAACUGGAAAGCAUUCUAGUGUUUUUGAUCGGGGAACUGUUGUUUUGCGUAUCAAUCUUAUGAGACAUGAUCCGUUUGCAUUUCUUAAAUUGGGAGAAACAUUGGCAUUUUUGGUGCGUGACGCUGCCCACAUUACUCCGGAAAAUUUCGAUUCAUGUGUUGAGUGUCUUCGGUCGUAUACUGAAGCUGGUCUGGAUGGUGGAAGGUAUGCUUCCGGUCCACUCAGUAGCGAUGCUCAAAGUCAACUGCGAAGUGUUGUAAGAAACGAAAAAUCAAAACAUAAAAAUCAUAAGCAGAUGUCAAUAAAUGCUAAAAAUGACUUUGAGAAAGAAGAAAAAAUGUCUCAGGCCGAGCCACAGCAGUUAUCAGCUUGUUACCAGCAGAUAACAUACCAAGUACUUGAUUUAUGUCAUACAUUGCAUGUAAAAAGUGCAACAAUAUAUAAAAGUUGGGCUGAUAGCGGAGCCAAAAUUGAUGCAAGUCUACCUACUUUGUGGUGCCAUUGUUGGCGACCACUCCUGCAGUGUAUGGCUCGCAAUUGUUGUGAUUGUAGACGACAAGUGCGAACUCAAGCAAUCAAUUUUCUUGUGCGGGCCUUCUUAAUACCGGAAAUGCAAGCAAUGCAGGGUGAACAGUGGGAAGACUGUUUUGCUGAAGUUCUUUUCCCAUUACUACAAAAACUACUUGAAAACUUAUCACCGAUGGACCCUAUUGGGAUGGAAGAGACAAGAGUACGUGCUAUGCAAUUGGUGUCAAAAAUUUUACUUAAUCAUCUUACGCCUUUGAGUUCAAUGAGAUCAUUUUCAUGCUUGUGGUUACACCUGCUGGACUAUAUGGACCAAUAUCUCCAUGCUGAUCGUAGUGAUCUGCUUUCUGAAGCUAUUCCGGAAUCGUUAAAAAAUAUGAUUCUUGUCAUGGAUAAUACCGAGAUGUUUAAUAACAUACCUGAUUUGUAUGAAAUGACUGUGAAACGAAUUGGUGUAUUUUUGCCGGAGCUGUUAGCUGAAGUUAUGCCUGGUCCCCCGCGCAGACCAGAGCAAAUUGACCAAAAUUCAGAAAACGCGUUAAAAUCUGUUCUCCCAAGUAAGAACAUUGAAGGUGAUAAAUUUAGCUUCAAUGCAGCGGCUUCGAUCCUUCCACAACAGAUGAACAUCAAUAGAAAAGUACUUAUCGCUCCACCAAUCGAUCUCACACAAUCUUCACACUUUUCAUCCAUUGAGCAAAUAAAGCUUGACGACGUCGAGCCAAGCAGCCAAACUGAUUGCACUACCAAUCUGUUUGAGUUCACAAAACAAUGUUCAGCUCCUGAAUUAGAAGAAGUAAUUAUUCAUCCCAGUGGUUCCUCACCUCCGAUUCAGUCCCAUUUCGUUGAACCUGCAUUGAUGUGUCAAGAAAAUGUGCCAUUAUUAAAUGCGGGAGCUAAUUUUUGCCAGCAGAAUAAAACGAGGCAAGAAUAUGCUUCUACUCUACAAAUGUACGGCAAUAAUAAUUUUAGCAAUGAAAAAAUGAUGCAUCUCAGUGAUGAAGUUCAUUUUGCGAACUCAACACAGGAUACAUGCCGGAUGGCUCCUCCACACUUGUUAUUGGCUCAGCAACAGUUAGAACAACAUCCGUUUCAUGGAUUACAGGUGAAAUUAGCACAGCAGUCAUCAUGUCUGCCGAUGCCAAUGGGAAUGACAAAAGUAGGACCUUUGGUGCCAUCACCAAAUAGUGCAUUCUCUCCUCCCAUUUCUUCAACUCUGCGAACAGUUGCUGAAGUGUCACUCCCUCUUCUUAAUGAGGUCUCUUCAGUAACUUUACCUUUUUCAGUAGAUGUUUAA